AUGAAUGGAUUGGAACUGUGUACUAUAAAUCUAGAAUCUCUGCCUCUUGGAGGAGUAUUAAAGAUUGCUAUGGCCUUUUGCCUCAUUGCAUCUGAGAGCAAAAUGGGUCACCAACAGCUGUACUGGAGCCAUCUGAGGAAAUUUGGCCAGGGGUCUCAUUCUUGCUGCAUUUGCUGGAACCAGCAGGGUCUGACCCAGAAAUACACUCUCAGUAUGUGCUGCCAGUAUUUCCGUCAGUCCGUGAAGGAUAUAGGCUUCAUUAGGUUACAUUAAGUGAACUUCCUUGAAUGGGUCAUCCAAGAUACCUCCCUUAACUGCAGA